AUGCCGUACUUUAUGUUGUCUGGUAUGUCGUAUGCUGAUGCUGUUAAAACACCGUCUCCUGUUCGUACACCUCUAGAACAGAUUCACAAUAAUACUCAUUCUUUAAAUAGGAAUUCCCAAGUGACCCCAGAACAAUUUAAGAUAAAUCUAGAUACACCGAAAUAUAAACUUAGUGCUAAAUGUAAAGAAAGUCUGAAGAAAUUACGUCAAAAUAUGGAGAAAACAGAGUCUGAAUUUAAAAAUCGACGAAACAAACCAAAUUAUAUGUCAAUGACUAAGUCAUCUAGUAUCAGAAGUAAAUUACAGUUUAAUAGUGAUGAUACUGGUACUAUAACAACAGCUAGACGAGUACCAAUAAAUAGUAAAUCAUUGUUAACUAGUGGAAGAAUAUCAAAGAGUAAAUCAAUGUCUAGUCUUAAUAGAGGUGGAUGGCAGAUAUAA